AUGUCGGCGAGCGCGAUCGCGAAUCAGAUCCAGUACCAAGACGCCUUCGCCAACAAGAAGCAGCAAUAUUCCAAGUCACUCGAAGGCGGUAGUACCUCCAAAUCCGCAGAGCCCAAGUCCGACUUCAACAUCGGCAAGACCAGUCUAGAAGACCCAUUCAAGUUCGACGACUCAGGAUAUCUCUCCAACGCAUGCUACGACAGCAACAGCAAGGGCAAAGACAAAACCAACACUGGUCAAGAUGCUGUGGACGACGAGUCCAUUUACAGCACACCUAUCGGCAAAAGCAAAAUCCCAUCAGCAACAGCGUCUGGCUCGGCCGACACGCCGAUUCCCUACAGCAACAACCCGACUGCUGACAACGACAAUGUUGUCAAGAAGGAUUGUGACUCCUCCUCGAAGCAGGUCGACGACUACGACAAAAUCGUCAAAGUCAUCCAUGACCACAUCACGAGGGAGUUGCCCGCAUUGCCUCCACGGGAGCAGCAGCAGCAGCAGGAGUCGAAGCCGCAGUCGGUCGAGGGGCAGAGAGAGACGAAGACCUGCUGUUGCGGACACAAAGCGGCUGAGAAGUCCGCCUCCACCGAUGAGAAGGAGAGCGCUGUUAGCGGAGUCGAAGAGUCCGUCGCCGAGGAGAAGGCCGUUGCCGUUGAGCCCGAAGACCAGUCCGAGGGAAAGGAGGAGAAGGAUGAGGGAGAUGAUACUGUGAUUGUUACUCCGAAAGUAGUCGAGUCUGGCGCUGAGCCAGUGCAGACCGAGGCGAAGGUUGAGGAGGAGGCUGAGAAGGACACCAAGCCUGUUGAGAAUGCUAAAGACGAAGUCACCGAGCAGAAGAAGGAUGAAGUCAAGCCUGACGUAGUCGAGAAGUGA